GUAUCCAUGGAUAAGGAAAAUGGUUCUUCUCAGAAAGCUGAAGACUUAAAAUUGAAGGAAAAGCGGAAACGAGAGCGAGAGAAAAAUAUGCCUAGAAAGAAACUUAGAAAAUUGGAAGCAGCUAGGGAGAUGUUGGAAAAGCCUCAGCAGAAAUCUAUUAAAUCUCGAAAGAAUUCCUUUUCAAGGACAGAAGAGAUGUGGGAACUAUUCCAGACUGACAUGAAGGAUAAAAAGUCGAAACAGAGGGGUUCUGGAGUUGGAAAGAAGCCCCAAAAAUCAUUCAAAAGCAAGUCAAGGGACAGGUUGAAACUUUUUAAAAAUGCAAGAGAUUAAUGUGUCACAUAGUAACUGCAGGGACAGGUUGACCAUUUACUUAAACUUGAUGGUGCAAAGGACAAGUUGCAACUCUUCAAGGCUGAUUUAGUAGAAGAACAUUAUUUUGAAAUUGUUAUUCACGACUGUCAUGGGGUCUAUCAUAUUGUUUAACGGGCUCAUUUCAUUGUCGACAACACCUCAGGUGGUGAUAUUCAAUUUGGUGAUUUAAGUAAGGAAGAGUUAAAGAAACAUAUGGUAGAGGAGGAAGGCAGCUCACAUGAUUCUCAAACCACCAAAGAUUCUACAAGCUGGAAGAAUGAUGCUUAUUCAAAGGUUAAAGGACCUGAAAAGAGAUGACGAGUGUGUUGUCUUGGCAAGCUUCCCCGGCAUGCCAGUUCUAGCUCUAAUGCAGAUAAUAGAGUUGCAACAUUAGAGAAUUUGCUUGGAAAUCUAGUUUCUGUUAUUCAAAUGCGGUUUUCUGAAGAUCCAGAAGUUAACGAGGUCUUACGAGCUAUAGCUGAAGAGGUUUGAUUUUGUGUCACUCAAUUUAGAUUCAAAUAUAUGAAAGUGAAGAUACACGACCUUUCAAAAUUGUAGAUACAUGAAAGCUAGUGCUUCUGUUGAAUCCUCUUGAAUAUUUUACUUGGUCAUUGAUUAGAUUCAUACAAAAUAGUGGUCUUUCUAGUUAUACUUAUUCAAACAGAAAAUAAGAAAAUGUAGCUGAAAUUCUUUGUUACUAUAUUGA